AGAAACAAAAGCUUCAAAUUUGCCAAACACUUUUUCUUCCCCACAUUACCUAUUCUCUCUUUCCCCCUUUCCUUAAUCUCCCUCCUUCCCUUCUUCUGCAUUCCCUCAAACUCAAACAUUCUCCUUCUCUUUUCUUCUCUUCGUUCUGCAAUGGCAAGUGCAAUCCACACCCCCAAACACCACAAAAAAUCAACCAUUGAACACAACCAAGAAGACCCAAUUAAGUUCCAUUACCAUUUUCUCUACAAAGCUGCAAUAGUUCUCAUCUUCUUCGUAAUUCUUCCUUUGUUCCCUUCACAAGCUCCCCAAUUCAUCAACCAAUCUUUAGUCACCAGAAACUGGGAACUCCUUCACCUUCUCUUCGUUGGUGUUGCCAUCUCUUACGGAUUGUUCAGUCGCCGAAACAAUGAAGCCGAGAAAGAGAAUAAUAACAACUCAAAGUUCGACACUGCACAAUCACUCGUUUCACGGGUCUUACACGUCUCUUCGUUUUUCGAGGACGACGAGGUUGAAAAUGAAAACCCAUCUGAGACUGAAGAAACCAAAGUCCAAACGUGGAGUAACCAACACCAACACUACUGGAACCGACCCGUGGUUAUUGUGGCUCCACAAGCACAACAUCGCUCUCAUAAUUUUGAUACGCUUGGUGGUGAAAAGCCUUUGCUUUUACCUGUUAGAAGUUUGAAGUCUCGUUUAUCUGAUGAGGGUAGUGUUGCUGUUGAUGAUGAUGAAUCAUGCACCACUACUACCUCUUUCUCUCUUAACAGGUCAACAACAACCUCUAAGACAAGCUCCAAAAGGUUUUCAAGCAAUUUGAAUAAAGGGUCUAGAAAUGUAGAACUUGAAGGUCACGGUGAUGCAAUAGUUGAGGAUAAGAUGAAAGAGAACGUUGUGCUUCCUUCUCCAAUCCCAUGGCGUUCUAGAUCAGGAAGAAUGGAACCUAAACAAGAAGAAGUUGAGUCUUCAAAGCCUUCAAUGGAGGAAUCUCUCUCAAUGAAGUCUAAAACUUCACGUUCACGAUCAAGUUCUCUGUCUCCUUCACCAGAAUCACUUGCUAAGAACGGAGAGGAUUUGUCAAGGAAGAAGGGAUUUUACAAGUCUUGUCCUCCACCACCUCCACCACCCCCACCAAUGAUGUUUCAGAAAUCAAUCUCAAUGAAGCCAAGGUAUGGUUCAUUAAAUAGUGAAGAAGCUUCUUUCAAUAAGGAGUUGAAGAGAAGCUUCACAACAAGUGAGAGAAAUAACGUGAAAUUGGGAAUGGAAGUGAAAGCAAAAGGCCAUGCUGAGAACAUGUCAAAUAUGGGAGAAAAAUCUGAUGAAGAACAAGAACGUUCCAUACAAGAGUUGAUGGGGCAUGCAAGUGUGGCUCUUGGAGAGGAAGAGAAAGAAAGUUUUCUUGACAAGGUACUUGUGGAAUCGGAUGAUGAUGAUGAAGACUCGGAAAGCGGGGAUGAAGAUGUUGGAGGAGGAAGAAUUUUUGAAAAUAAUGAGAGUGAGGAAAGUUCAAUACGUGUUGGUGAAGAAAAUUCAAGAAUAGAUGGACCCUGCUUUGGAACCAUUGGUGAUGAAGGACCAGAUGUGGAUAAGAAAGCUGAUGAGUUCAUUGCUAAAUUUAGAGAACAAAUAAGGCUCCAGAGAAUAGAUUCCAUCAAGAGGAGUACACGGAAUACAAGAAACUCUUCAAGGUAAUAUUGAAGUGGAUGUAAUUAAAUUAAAGUGGAUGUUUUCUUUCCAUGAUACUAAGGUUGUAAUUGAAUUUGUGUCCUAUUUC